AUGGCCGACUUUGCGCCCCGGUCGAUGAAGCGGAAGAACGUCAAGGGCCUCGCCCUGACGCCGGCCGCGCCCAAGCCGCCGCCGACCGCCGAGACCGCCAACAACGGUGGCGACCCCAACGACGAGUCUGCCCAUCUUGAGAUCGGCAUCGAAUACAACCUGGAUCUGCGGCCCGAAGACAUUGAGUUCAUCAAGGAGCUGGGCUCCGGCAACGGCGGCACCGUCAGCAAAGUCCGGCACAUCCCGACCAACACAACGAUUGCCCGCAAGGUCAUCCAUGUCGAGGCGAAGCGGGAAAUGCGCAAGCGGAUCGUGCGCGAGCUGCAGAUCAUGCGCGGCUGCCACUCCGAGUACAUUGUGACCUUUUACGGCUCGUUCCUCAACGACAACAACGACGUGAUUAUGUGCAUGGAGUACAUGGACGUCGGCUCCCUCGACCGCGUGUCGCGCGUCUUCGGCCCCGUCCGCGUCGACGUCCUCGGCAAGAUCGCCGAAGCCACCCUCGGCGGCCUGACGUACCUCUAUGUGAAGCACCACAUUAUGCACCGCGACAUCAAGCCCUCCAACAUCCUGCUCAACUCCCGCGGCAACAUCAAAUUGUGCGACUUUGGCGUCUCCGGCGAGCUCAUCAACUCCAUCGCCGACACCUUUGUGGGCACCUCCACGUACAUGGCGCCCGAGCGCAUCCAGGGCGAACGGUACACGGUCAAGUCGGACGUGUGGAGCUUCGGCCUGUCCAUCAUGGAGUUGGCCAUUGGCAAGUUCCCCUUUGCCGCCAGCGAGCAGCUGUCGGAUGCGGAGAGCGCCCCGGCCGGUAUUCUCGACCUCCUCCAGCAAAUCGUCCACGAGCCCGCACCACGCCUGCCCAAGAGCGACGCCUUCCCAAGCAUUCUCGAAGACAUGAUUCAAAAGUGUCUCUUCAAAAACCCCGACGAGCGGCCCACGCCGCAGGAGCUGUUUGACCGGGAUCCGUUCGUGCAAGCCGCCAAGAGAACGCCUGUCGACCUGCGCGAGUGGGCUGUCGGCAUGAUGGAGCGCGACAACCGCAAGUCCCACCUCGCCCCCCAGCUGUCGCCUGCCACGCAGGAGCUCCUCCGCGGCACCGAUUCCCCGACGACGUACCACGGUGAUGACCGUGACCGUACGCUACAGACACCAACUUCAGGUGAGAUCCCCAUUGUGGGCGAUAUUUUGUCACCACAUGACCAACAUGGCAUCAGCCUUCCGAAUCGGUCCCCAACGCGGGCUGCCGUUGGAUCUGGCAACGGCCUCGGCAGUGCCGGGAUCGGCGGCGGCGCUGGGGGUAGCAGCAGUGCCGGACUCGGCAGCCUUGGCCGCGCAAGUGGACAGGCUGUACAUCCGGGACUGGGAGCACGAGUAGCCACCGCCGAAUCGAUCCCCCGCGUGCCUGUGCCGAUCGCAACGGGCCUCGGCAACGGCCUCUCCGGCGGCCCCACCAGCGCCGGUACGAGCCCAGCGACGUUCUCCCUCCCUGUCCGUCUGGCACCACAGCCGAGUGGGCCACCACCGCCCCCGCCUCCGAAGAAAGAGACGCCCGAUGAGCUGCGGCGCCGACAGCUGCAGCAGCAGCCACCCCACCAGCAGCAGCACUCGAAUUCGCAUUCGCAUCACUCGCACCAGCACCAGCACCAGCACGCGCAGCAGUACCAUUACCAACAACAACAGCACCAGAGCCAGCAGCCGCCAUACCAGCCGCAAACUGUUUAUACUUCGACAAGCGACACGUACCCCCUCGGAUACCCAACGAAAUGA